AUGAAAGAAUUGAAAAAAGAUGCUGAUGCUCCUCGCUGGUUAAAUACCGAGGGAACGGGCGUUCCUUAUUUGCAUGUGAGAAUUGAUAAAACGGCGAGAUUUUAUUCGAAUUAUAAGGAAUAUGAAAAAAACCUAAAUUUGAGUGUAGACAUAGACACUUAUCGAGAAGUAAAACGCACAAUUCCAGAUGGGCAAGUUAGUUCACUGGUUGACAAUCUUUUAAAAGAAUAUUUCAAAAAGCAAAAAAAAGAAAAAUUAAUCGCUGACUACAAAUCAACCGCUAGAAGUAAAGAAAAAGAAUUAGAAAUAGCCAGUUUGAUUAAAAAAAUCCGUCCUUCAUUAGUGAUUAGCAAUAACCCACAGAAUGAGUUUGACGAAGAAAUAAUAGUGGUUCCGUUGAGUAGUAAAGAACUAGAAAGAAUUCGCUCUUAUGAAUUACUUAUUAAGAGAAGUAAAGAAAAUGGCUUAGAUGAGGACAGCAAGAUUUUAUUUAACCGUUUACGAGCCAUUGAAAAAAAAGACCGCUUAGGAGAUUAUAUUGGAGUAGCAGACAAAGAAAUUAUGAAAGAAACCAAAGAAAAAUUAAAAUUGGUGCUAGAUUUGGAGGAUUAA